AUGGAUGACCUGCAGCCUGUCAGACUUCACAAAAACAUUUCACAGCUUCUAAGGUUAAUAAAUGACCCUAACGACUUACUUUCAAGGACAGGGUACACUAUCCUAGCUGUCAUAAUUGGUGUGUUCUCUGUCGCUGGGAUCUUUCUGAAUGUUUUAGUGGUUGUGGUGACAAUAAGUCACCGACAGCUACGACAACCCCUUAACUUUGCACUAGUAAACCUGGCCAUAGCUGACCUAGGAUGUGCUAUUUUUGGUGGUGUGCCUACCAUGGUGACUAAUGCCAUGGGCUACUUCAGCCUUGGACGGCUUGGCUGUGUGUUGGAGGGCUUUGCUGUUGCAUUCUUUGGUAUUGCAGGUCUAUGUUCUGUUGCAGUGAUUGCUGUUGAUCGCUAUGUGGUGGUGUGUCGACCACUGGGGGUGGUCAUGUUCCAGACAAGGCAUGCAGUUGGUGGAGUGGUUCUUUCCUGGGUGUGGUCAUUUGUGUGGAACACUCCUCCACUCUUCGGUUGGAGCAGCUAUGAGCUGGAGGGUGUCAGGACUUCUUGCGCCCCAAAUUGGUACAGCAGAGAACAAGGAAACAUGUCCUACAUACUAAUUUACUUCCUACUCUGCUUUGCUGUGCCCUUCUGCAUCAUCAUGGUUUCCUAUACUCGUCUUCUAUGGACACUUCGACAGGUGACAAAGCUGCACGUCACUGAAAACAGAAGCACCAUCCGUGUGGAGAUGCAGGUGGCACGUAUGGUGGUUGUCAUGGUGAUAGCUUUUCUGCUGACCUGGUUACCCUACGCAGCCUUUGCCCUGUCGGUUAUGUUUAACCCAAGUCUCUACAUUGACCCACUCAUUGCCACAGUUCCAAUGUAUCUGGCCAAGUGCAGCACUGUCUACAACCCUAUAAUCUACAUAUUCAUGAACAGACAGUUCCGGGACUGUGCAGUUCCCUUCCUUCUGUGUGGGUGGAACCCCUGGGCCUCAGAACCAGAAGGCUCAGAAGCUGACACCACAAUCUCCUCUGUCAGCAAAAGCCACAGAGUGACACCAACAUAAGCACAAUGUAUGAGCACACAUACAUCAACACUUAAUUAACUACAAUGAUACAACAUAAAAACUGACGAGUUCUUUGCAUUUUAAGACACUGUUAAACCCUUAAGGACUCUGUGCCAAGCUUAUCAAAUGUUGGCAUGUCGUUGAAUUUCAAAUUGUAAUAUUUUUAGGAACUAUGAGUGCCUCAUUUAAAGAGUACAUGGUACUGUUUAUGGUCUGCUCUAUCUAAAAUAUCACCAAAUGUUUCCACUAUAGAAUAUCAUUUAAACAUAAUACAUGUGCUUAACCUGUGUGUUUGUAAUUCAAAUGUUAACAUUAUUGAAGAAGUGAGGAACACCAAUACAUUUCAUCUCUAAAUCCCUAAAGAUUUAGGGCAUUGGUCAGAGUACACUAGUCGGAUCGCCUGCUUCUAUUAUAUACUAACAUCCUCAAUUGUCAGAUCUAAGCAUCUGAAUAAUUGUUUUACUUUCUCAUUUAUUUGAAGGGGCGAUUGAUUGCAAAACUGAUUUUACCUUGUCAUAGUUGAAAACUGACAGUUUGGUGUGUAAAAUAGACGUACAGUGAACCUCAAAGUCCAUUGAAACCUCUUUCCUAUCAAAAUGUCACUUCUCACUACUAUUUUGAAACUGCAACUUGCAAACGCUAACUUUUGAAACAGACCAUCAACUUUGUCACGCCCCAAAAUGUACAUUUACCCAUCCUCUGGUUUUCUGGUCCAGGAACAUAAACGGAGGUCUCUGACACUUUUUUUAGCU